AUGGCUUCAGGUGAUCGGCUGCUUAGUGCCUCACACGAUGCAAGCAUCAAACUUUGGAACUUACGAUUGCCAAACACGGACGAUGAAAAUGACCCACUUGACCUGGAAUCGAUGGGUAAUGAUGACCGGGAAGACCGAAUGCGUGUUGAUGAGCCUCCACCCACCGAUCCGGAUACUCCUGUUAUGGUGUACCAGGGGAAGGUACCCUUCAACUCAAUACAUCACCAUCGUCAUCUUCCGCAUUUUGCAACGGCCUCCAACGGUGUGCACGUCUGGGACGAGACAAAAUCAGCACCAAUCACAAACCUCACCUUUGGUGGCUCGGCUGAAACUGUCGAUGUCGUGCGGUUUAACAUGACAGAGGCAAGUGUGCUGGCGAGCGUUGGAAGUGACCGGUCAAUGUGUCUGUACGACGUCCGCACCGGGAAAGCGGAGAAACGGAUGCGUUCUAACUCGUUGGCGUGGUCCCCAACAAUGCCCAGUGUACUAUUACUCGCAUCCGAAGACCAUAACCUAUACACGUUCGACAUUCGCUCACUCUCUACUCCGACUCAAAUUUACAAGGGACACGUCUCUGCCGUCAUUUCAUGUGAUUGGUCACCUACCGGGACAGAAUUCGUUAGUGGUGGAUGGGAUCGAACGGUGAGGAUAUGGAAGGAAGGAGACGGCAACGGCAAGGAGGGACAACUGUACCACAGCAAGCGCAUGCAACGGGUUCUAACAACUCUAUACACCAUGGACGCUCGCUUCGUCCUUUCUGGCUCUGAUGAUGGCAACGUGCGGUUAUGGAAAGCGCAUGCGCACGAACGACUGGGCGUGCUGGACACGCGCGAGAGGAACUCACUCGAGUACCGUGAGGCACUCAAGCAGCGGUGGAAGUAUGACGAAGAAAUUGGCAAAGUUUUGCGAUCUCGCCCGACACCAAAGGCGAUUCGAACGGCAGCGCAACUUAAGCGCACGAUGCUCGACGCUGCCGCGGAAAAGGAAGACAGACGACGGAAGCACUCACGCAGAGGCGAGACAAAUCCAAAGGCGGAGAGGAAAAAGGUUGUCGUUGUCACACAAGAUUAA